AUGAGCGAUCUCAAAAAACCAGAAGUAAAGCCUGUACCAAAAGACCACCGAUGGAUCCUCUUUGUCUCAGGCCCGACUGCAUCCGGCAAAACAUCAGUCGCUAAAUUCAUAGCAGAGAAGCUCAAUCUCAAAUUCGUCGAAGGCGAUGAUUUCCACCCAAAAACCAACAUCGAGAAAAUGAGCCACGGCCAACCCCUCACAGACCAAGACCGCUACGGCUGGCUGCAAGCUCUCCACGAACACGCAACGCACCAUCCUAUCGGUCCAGGAACAGAACACCUCGUCGUUACCUGCUCAGCACUCAAGCGCCAAUACCGCGAUAUGCUACGUGAAGGAUCUGACAAGGCUGGUGAUUUGCGCGUUCACUUUUUACAUCUUGAUGCGCCAGAGGAAGUGCUCACGAAGCGUGCUGCGGAGAGGAAGGGGCAUUUUGCGGGACCGGCGCUUGUGCAUAGUCAGUUUGAGGUAUUGGAGAGGCCGACGGAGGAUGAGAAUGAUGUUUUGAUCGUUAGUGUUGAUCAGUCGGUUGAGGAUGUUCAGAGGGAGGCGUUGGAGAGGGUGAAGGAGCUUUUGGAUGAUGAUCCUGAGUAG